AUUAUAGUUGCCGAAAAUGACCUUCAACAGUCAAGGUCCGAGUGAAAGCGACUUAGGGAAAGAUGCUAACGUUUUAAUAAUGGAGCUAAACAAAGGUUUCCAGUCGACAAAUCUUGGGAUUCAAUGCAAAACAAUUGCACAGUUUCCUUCCGUUCUUGAAAAAUAUCCUUUCCCUGUUGUUAUAAACUCUAUACUAUUAAAAAUCACUCAGAUAUUCUGCGAUGGAAACAAUUACCUUCGUCUCUGCAUUUUGCGUGCAUGUACUGAGUGUAGAACUCACUUCAAAAAGCUUACAGUCUGUGAGGAUAUCAUCCGUAAAUUGCUACCCUUUACGGAAAGUAAUGACCCCACUGUUCGAGCUCUUACUUUACGGUAAGUUGGAAUUAACCUUAUGCAGGCUGUAUAGUCUCUUUGGGAUUUUAAAUGAGAUAACUCGCGACCAUCUUGGGGUUCAUCAUGCCAUAUUGAAACAGAUAGAGUCUCAUUAUGAAGUUGAGUCAGAUGCUGCUGUUUGGGCCUGUCAUACAGUUGCACCUAUAUCCAGUGUCUUUGCCGCAAGUCUUUGUCCUAUAUUAUGUAAAAUACUAAAUAACUUGUCGGUAGAUAUGGAUACCAAACUUAAGUUAUUGUAUCUAGGAAAACAUAUGCAUCAUAAUUCUGUUGUCGCAGAAGAGAUACGUCACUGCUUGACAGCAAUGCUUGAAACUUACAAUACCACAGAUUUCGUUACUGGGAUUUUAGAUACUCUUACAGUUUUAGAAACCCGUGCUCCUUUGCAUGUCCAUGUUCAGAUCAACCUUCUUAUCAAACGAUUAUCUAUAGAGCAAAGACCUCAACUUCGUCAAAGUGUCCUUUGGAAUCUCUUAACCCUAGCUGAAAAUGUGUCACAUCACUUCGAGAAAUCCCAUAUCCUUGAGUUGAGUUCCCUUUACCAUGGCGAAAACUGUAGCAAAAUGGAUAAAGCGUUAGUUUUACAAAUCUUUUAUUGCCUUACUACAUCAUUUCAUUCUGUUGAAUUUCUCACAUUACCAUCUGGAAAAGAAUCUAAUUCACUCUCACAUUAUACUCCUGUUGAUUGUAUCAAAAGUGCACUAAAAGAUUCAUCAUCAGCUUAUCUUCUGGUUCAUGCAAUUCAAUUAGCUUGUAAACUGACGAUAUUAAAAGGUGAAAGUGAUCAAUUAAAAUACACUGAUGACGAAAAUUGUGAAAUUUGUAUAGAUGAUGAUAAUAUUGAAUUUGAGUUUAAACCAGGACAAUUAAUUCAACUCCUUUUCCAUCAUUUUAAUAGUCCUAUUAACGAAAAAGCAGAAGGAACCAUAAACAAACAAAAAGCACUAUGGUAUCUGUACGAUAGUCAAAUUCCAGUCGACGAUUUAAAGCGUAUUUAUAACCUACUUGUCGAAUUCUUCAGUACCUUUCCAUCUUAUGCAUCUCAAUUGCAUAAAAUGAACUUUCUUGAAGGUAUAAAACUUGAUGGAGCAAUUUCUACUGGUUUAUUAUGUCAAUUCUUGUGUACAAUGCAUGCUAAACUGUCACAAUUCCUAUUUCUUAAUCCUUCAAUAACAACAGUUGAUAGCGACAUGAAAUCUAUUCAACUUAAUUAUUCAAAUGUUUUGUCAAAACUGACUAAUUCUAUUCAUGAGAAUGGUUUAUCAUCAUCUACUUCUACACAGGAUUGUGUAACUUCUGUACUUGCCACUGUUGGUUUAGUAUUUCAAUUAACUGGUGGUUCACCGUUAACACAGAGAGAACAAACAAUAUUAAUGCAUUCUGUAGCAAAAUGUUUAGGUGAAAAGAUCAGUACUAGCAGUAGUAAUACUAGUACUGGUAGUAUUGGGUCAUCAGGUUAUCGUUUAUCACCAUGGAUUGUUUAUCAGUUAGCAAGACAGGGUAAUCGAUAUGGUCAGCAUGAAUUUGCCGGUAAACUUUACGAAAAAUUAUCCUCUUUGGCUAUAACAGAAAAAUCAUACUUUUGGUUAACUGCUCUAGCAGAAUUCAGUCAAAUGGAAUUCAAAUUGAUCAAUUUAACUAGAAACUUGGAAACAGAUGUACAACAAACAAUGUCAACAUCCAAUAUACCGAUUGAUCAAUCAACACAACCUACAGUAUUCACAAAAAAGUCCUGGAUUGCUAAAUUAAUUCUAGGCUUAAGAACUGCAUCAGAAGAAUCUUGUAAAUUACAAACUACCAUCAUGUGUGUUGGAGGCAGUGAUGGACGUUGGUUUCAAGCAAAGUAUAUUCAAAUAAGAAGUUUAUUGCUAAUUAAUUUAUCAAAUCUCUGUUCUACCGCAUAUCAUGCAUUAAGAAUUAAACGAUGGUCUGGUUCAAUUUUUAUGAAUCCAUCAUGUCAAAAUGAUUCAUCUCAGUUCCAAACUGCUCAAUCUAUUUCGACUAAUAAUAAUAAUGAUGAUAGUAAUAACAUAAAUAUGAAUGCAUCAUCAAAUUUAGUCUGGCUUUCAAGUUGUGUUGAAUCGUGGAAUAAUUUAUCACAAGAAAUUUCCAAUCUUCGUGUACAAUGUUUGGAUGCUGAUCUUCAAACACAUAGACAUCUAGAAGCAAUAACACAGUUGGUUGAAUUUUUUAAUGAACUUCUUAGCUUAAUUGAUGGAUCUAGUUAUUCAUUAAAGUCUUCUUGUAUUGAAGAAUAUUUCUCUUCAAGACAUGAUUCAAGUUCAUUUUAUACAUACGAAUCUGAUCCAUAUGGUAAAAUUGUACCUGUACUAAGGGCAUUAAUAAAAGAUUAUUUUCCAAAUACUAAUAAUAAUACACCAUCUAUACGUGAAUGGUUACCAAUUAUUAUAUUCAAAGUUGUUCAAUUAGCUACACAUUGGCCAAGAUUCUUUUUUCAACGUUUACAAACUACUACGGUACGACUUGUACUAUUACCAAAAGCUGGCAGUCAUCCAGAUGAUGUAUUAACUAUUAGUAAUGAUAUUUGUCAUAUGAUUCAAGUAAUGGGUGUUGUACAACAACGUAGUCGAUUAACGAAACAAACAUUAUUACGUCGUAUUACAGCCGUACAAAUAAUUAUCAAUGUGAAUGAAAUUUGUCCAGAAACAAUUAAAACAAAUCAAUUCACUAAAUUAAAUUGUAUAUUUUCAACAAAAAAGACUGCACAAUUAAAAGGAGAUUAUUUUCACUGUGAAUUUUGUAUAAGAUUUCCUCAAUCAGAAUUAAAUAAUAAUACACCAUUCUCAUCAUCUGUUGAAAAUGUCAUGAUGACACCAGUAGGUACUCGUCAAAAUGAUCGAAUAUUUUGUAUACAUGCACAUCCUAUUUUAAUUGAUGAUCUCGGUUCAUAUUGGGAUUUAAGUGCAAAUGCUGGAGCAUCUGAUGAAAGUGUACUUGUUCGAGUGGAAUCACUUCCUCUUGGUGCUCUAUCUACGCAUACAUUGAAUCCUUCAGAUCAACAACAACAACAUCAUCAUCAACGUUCGGAUAAUCAAGAGAUGAAUGAAAAUCUUCAAACGAUUGGAUCUCAUCAACCUACUUCAUCAAUAUUAACAACAGAUACAUCAUCGCAUAGUUUUCAUCAAAAACCGAAUUUUUCCAAGUCUAAAAUUAUAUCACGAUCAUUAGACGGUUGGAAAUCUCCACCGAAAAAUCGUUCAAAGAAAAUAACUAGUCAUUUAAAAUCUUCACAAUGAAAAAGAAACAUUCGAACUAAUAGUAUGUUUAGACAAAAGUUGUUUUUUUUUAAAAAAAAAUACUUCUGAUUGUGUAAAUAUAUUUUGGUACUUCUGAAAUAAAAGUAAAUGAU